GGGCCGCGAGGCCGCGGGGCCUGCGUGCGCGUCUCGCUGCUAAGGCUCGGGCGACCUCUUCCCGCCCUACGCGUGAGGCGUGGAAUCUACGGGGUAGGGCAGGUGAUUUUUUGGGGGCGAAGGAGCCUCAACGCCAGCGGGUUAGAGACCCGGGAGCCAGCUGCCCUAGACCAAGGCAGGCAAGUGGAGACGAGACGCAGCCCCAGCAUGACCUGCACCCCCAGGAACAGGAAGUAGAAGCUAAAGCAGCUGUUUGCCUGCCAUGGCUUGUGAGCCUCCCACAGACCCUGGUGGGGCAGCUGGUCCACUGCCCACCUCUACCCUGGGUUGCAGCACCCUGCCUCAGGGGAGCUCUCCUGACUGGGGACAAGAGCUGCAAAAUGGCCAGGUCCUCACAGUCCUGCGGAUUGACAAUACCUGCGCACCCAUAUCCUUCGACCUGGGAGCUGCAGAAGAGCAACUGGAGGCCUGGGGCAUUCAGGUCCCUGCUGAGCAGUACCGGAACUUGGCUGAGAGUGCCCUUUUGGACCCUCAAGUGAGGAGGUACAUCAUCUACAACUCCAGGCCCAUGCGGCUGGCCUUUGCUGUGGUGUUCUACAUGGUGGUGUGGGCCAACAUCUACUCCACCAGCCAAAUGUUUGCCCUGAGCAACCAGUGGGCAGGCGUGCUGCUUGCGACCCUGGCUGCCAUCAGCCUGACCCUGACCCUUGUGCUGAUCUUUGAGAGGCAGCAGAGGAAGGCUAACACUAACACAGACCUGAGGCUGGUGGCCGCCAAUGGAGCCCUUCGGAGACACCGGGUACUGCUGGGAGUGACAGACACAGUAGAAGGAUGUCAGAGUGUGAUCCAGCUCUGGUUUGUCUACUUUGACCUGGAAAACUGUGUGCAGUUUUUGUCCAAUCAUGUUCAAGAAAUGAAGAGGAGCCAAGAGUCCUUGCUGAGAAGCAGAUUAAGCCAGCUAUGUGUUGUCAUGGAGACGGGAGUGAGCCCUGUGGUGGAAGGGCCUGAGGACUUAGAGGAUGCUCCCCUCCUGCCCAACACUCCUGGUUCUCAGGAGAGACCACUCAUGCAGACUGAACUCUAUCAGCUUGUUCCGGAGGCUGAGCCAGAGGAGAUGGCACAGCAGCUACUGGCAGUGUUUGGUGGCUACUACACCCGCCUCCUGGUGACCUCUCAGCUUCCCCAGCCAAUGGGAACACGACACAUGGACUCUGCAAGUGUCCCAUGCCCCUGCCAACUCAUAGAAACAUACAUUCUGGGCACAGGAUGCUGCCCGUUCCUGGCCAGGUGACCUCAGGACAAAGAUGUUCAUCUUCCUCCAAGACUGAGAAGUUGGGGAGGAGUCAGAAGCCCAGCAAGGCCAACAGUGAGCUCAGAUGAAAUCGGCACUU